AUGGCACUUUCAAAGAUGGCUCCCAAACGGGGAACGAAGCAGACGAAACUCGUAAAUAACGACGAAUACAAGAAUCUGGCGUUAUCAGACGCGCUGUGCCCGAUAUGCAGAUACAUCCUGGUGCUGCCGGUGACGUUGCCAUGCAAUCACAACUUCUGCACCGCGUGUUUCGAGGGCACAGUGGCGAACGCAAACCUCACCUGUCCGCUGUGUCGAAUACGCUUCGCCUCCUGGUUGCGCAUCGCCAAGAAAGAAGACCGCCUUGUUAAUGGUAAACUAUGGACGGAGAUUCAGAGCAAGUUCAGCGAAAAGGUGCGCAAUCGUCAGGCUGGCGUUGAGGAGCACCUUGACGAAGCGCCGAAAAUUCGGCUCACGAACGCGGGUGAGAUCCGGCGCGAGUACGAGGAGCAGCUACAACGCGAACGCGAGCAAAUCGCCAAGCAGCAUCGCGAGGAGGAAGCCGCCAGUGCUGAACUCAUCAAGAAACUGAAGGAAGAAGAUGCGCGUCAACAGCGCGCAUCACUCCAACCGAAUAAUUCACUCAAUACUCUCAGGAAACGUCCAUUAGAUAAACUCAUUCAGAACAUGCAGAAGCACUUGAACGUCGUUCCUAGUAGGCAUGCAACGCGUGCGGACGUUCAGCUACUUCCCACCGCCGCAGAAUUACCUCAAUCAAUCGCAAGCACGAGCAGCGCUUGUCCAAUUCCUGAAAAGAGCACAAAACAAAAGAAUCUGAUGCACUUCGCGGAGGUGAUCGAGAUUUCCGACAGCAAUGAUUCCAUUGAAAACGAAUGCAGAUACUUCAAGCCUAUUGAUAGCGAUAUUCCGCUGCCAGCAACCGUCAGAACGCCGUUAAAAGUACCAGCCACCAUGAAUAAGCAUCAUAGUUUUAAGUUCGAACCGCCUAAUAAGACACAACCGAUAAACUUCUCCGAAGGAAGUUCUGCGUUCGUCCGCUUUAUCACACAGUCGCGUAAACGUAAACUCAGCGAUAAAGUACUACGGAAACCUGUUGAUGAGUGUUUAUCAUCAACAUCCCUGUUGAAAAUCCCGCAUACAAUGACGUUGCGUGAACGUAAGCCUUCCAAUUCAUCACCGCCGCAUCUUCUGCCCGCUGCAAGCAUUCUCAACGGAUUAAAAAUCACCGAGUUUAGUAAACUGGAGCAGGAGCGCAGUGAUUUGGAACUGGCGAAAAAACUUCAGGAAGAAUUCAAUAGGGAGCGUUACACGACGCGCAGCAGCAUCUCUUGCAGGAAUAAUAUUAAAAAAGCGCGACAGUUGACGCUCACCGAGAUUAUGUCGACGUCGAAGUGCAAAUAAGCCUCGCGCACGCGAACAUUUCUGAUCAAAUGAUGUGAUUUACAGUCAAAAACUUUCGUUAAACCUUUUUUUCUUCGUUUUUUUUUUGUACUAACGGAUUAUUUCUAAGUGGACAUUGAUGAUUUGUUUGUUGAGAUAUUGUCUCCGGGUUUGUAUGAGAUGAGAAAUCAAAAUUAGUCAUCUAAUUUUAAGCUACGAAGCAGGAAACUAACCGGGAGCUUUGCCUUUUGUAACAAAGGGUCGGCUCGUGAGAUAAUUUACAUAAAAUAUCGCUGUGAUUCUUAAAAGAUUUAAAAAACAAAUGAAAGAUAUGAUUGUCGUAAUAUAAGCUAUAAGAUGAUUUUUGUAAAGAAUAUAACUAAAACAGCUGUUAGCAAAA